CGUACUGUAGCCACCGGACCGCUCUUGUCAAAGUUGUCCUCCUUAGCUGACCUAGCUGCCAUUUUCGCAGGUAAUCUGUUAUUGAAGCACUGAAGGUCAGAUCGCCCAUGCCUUUAAACCGGAAGGAUAUCGAUAAGGUGACUACAGCACUUAAGAGGUCAUUCAGAACAUGGAAUAUGCAUUAUGACAUUUAUUGAUCGAAUAUAAUUCUACGCCAAAGGAAUUGUGGACAACUGAAAAGACAUAAGUCAAUUUUUAUUAAUUUUGAGAGCUGUGCGUGUGGCAUGUACUAGGCAACAGCAUGGGGAUCCUCUGGUCAAGAUUUAAGGAGAAACGUGAAAUGAAGAAGAUGCUGAGCAAAGUUGGACCUACGACACAUUUUGCAAGGCACGAAGCCGAAUACUGGAUGAAAAUAUUCUACCAGGACGUCCCUGAUGGGAAACUCUCCGAGGAUGAAUUCGUGGAAUACUUCGGAAACUUUUACAUCAACGCCAACGAAGGGAGUAAGAAAACUCUUGCCAGGCAGAUCUUCAAGGCGUUUGACAGGAACGAUAACGGAUAUGUGAGUCUGAGGGAAUACCUGCUCGCCAUGAGUACACUGUUGAGGGGAGACACGCUAGAGAAGCUGGAGUGGUCUUUUAUCCUGUUCGACUUGGAUGGAGACGGCAUGGUGAGCAGAGAAGACAUGGAAGGAGUUCUGCUGCUGUAUAACGACCUACGCACCAACAAAGAAGCCGGCAACACUGACGAGGAGCUCGCGGCAAUCGUUGACCGUGAAUUCCGGCUGAUCGACCGGGCAGGGAAGGGUCGACUCGGGAAGAGACAGUUCAUAGACGGUGUCAGCAGGAGUUAUCGUCUGUUGGGGAUCAUGCCAAUCAGAUAACCUCACUGUAUCGCAUUUCAUGAAUCUUUUUCGUAGCUAAUCAAAAGGUUGAAUCAAAAUCUAUAGUAGGUUAGAGAUCAUGCCUAUUAGAUAACUUCACUGUAUCGCAUUUCUUAAUAGAAUCUUUCAGCCAAUCAAAAGAUCGGAUCAAAAUCAAGGGCGCAGCAGGAGUAAUCAGCAUGAAAGUUCAUCUGAGUUGGUAAAUUACAUCAUGAGAAAUUUAAACUAUUCUCCAACUCUCCAACUUCUCCAACUGUUCUCAAACUGUUAUCCAACUGUUCUCCAAGAUCCAUAAAAAUCAGAUGCCCUUGGGAAAGGCACUUUACACGACUUUCCUCACUUCGCUCAGGUGAA